AAAUAUCACCGUGUAUUGGGCUUUUUUUGGACCCAAUAUUAUUUAAUGUGUACAAAUGUAGUUGAAGGUAUUGUACAGAUAAGUGAAAGGGCCAAAUUGAGGCAACUCCCGCCCUGUUUUACAUUCGUACACAUCGUCACUUUUGUUUAGAUGUUGUCCACUUUGCUAUGGAAACCUUGUCUUUUUUUCAAAAAAUGUGCUAGUCCCUGUCAGUUGUCUCGGUUGCUGUUAGGCUACGUGAUCUGUCCCUAACUCCAUUCUCUAUUUGUGUGCUUCCUUGUGCUGCCAAGCCCCUGACGUAAUGCUUCGUGUUAAUUAUUCGCAUGUGGAAAGCAAUGCCGAGACUCGCCUCUGGUAAAACAAGCCUAACUGUAGGGAGAAUAGUUAGUCAAGAUGGCAAAACACACAGAUCCGGAGUGAAGGGGCACCGCUCCCCGUCCCGCGACCAACACAACCGAUACAACUGUGCCUAGAAGUCUAAGGGGGAUCCCUGUGGAAAAUGGCAACAAGGGUAACACUGGUGUGACAGUGCAGGAAGAAAGCUGACUCUCCCGUCUGUUAACCCCCGCCCUUUGGCAGAUGCACCUAGGAGAGCACCUUGCUCCCCUCAAGCUGAAGCUACACUUGCAAUGCUUAAAGCCCAGAUGAUGAAAUGCCACUUGAACUGAGCACACCUACUGCUGUCUACUCAACAUCAACAACAGAAACAGGCAAAGGGAAGAGCACAACCAACCCGAGAAAGCGAGAGGAACACAAGCUUUGACCAAAGUUGAACCAACACAGCACCAAGACCUCCGUUAACCUAAUUCUCUUGUGACACCAGGGGGGGUCACUCUAACUGGUUUCCCCAUUCUGCUUAGUGCCUGUCCCCCAGACCAUGAUGUUUCGUGACCAGGUGGGUGUCCUGGGAAGCUGGUUUAAGGGAUGGAAUGAGUGUGAGCAGACGGUGGCUCUGCUGUCACUGCUGAAGCGGGUGUCGCGGACCCAGGCCCGUUUCCUGCAGCUGUGUCUGGAGCACAGCCUGGUCGAAUGCACCGAGCUCCACGUGUUGGAGGGGGAGGCCAAUAACCCAGUGGUGAUCAGCCAGUGGCAGGGCGAGCCCAAGGAGCGCGUCAUCUCCCUGGUCCUCACCCACCUGCCCCUGCUCAAGCCGGGCAACGUCGAAGCCAAGGGCGAGUACAUGCGCCUCCUCCCCCGCAUCCUGGCGCACACCAUCGACCAUGGCCGCCACCUUGAAGAGUCACGGCAGCUCCUCUCCUACGCCCUCAUCCACCCGGCCACCUCGCUGGACGACCGCGCCGCCCUCGCCCUCUGGCUCAACCAUCUGGAGGAGCGCGCCGCUGCCCGGGGUGACUCUUUGGAACGGCCACCCCCCGUCCCGGCCUCACUCCAUCAAACGCCCCCCUCGACACACUCCUUGUCGGGGUCCAGUUGGAGUUCCUCAGGGAGCCACCUGGGUCAGCUGUACCACCACCAGCGCUACGGCUCGGAUGAUAGGCUCAACGGCUGGCAGGGGUCCAGGGACUCGGGAUUGGGCAGUGGUUGGCACCAACAGCAGCAGGGGCAUGGAGGGUGUGAGAAUGGCGGGCACCUGGCACUCUACCCGUCCUCCUCGGUGCCUGGGAGUAUCAACACGGUUGGCACGGGCGGGAGCAUCCUGUCCGGCGGUGGCGGCGGGCAGCACAGUCCCCUGAAGCGCUCGGUGUCCCUCACCCCCCCGAUGAGCGGCUGCUCCUUGGCCAGUUCCUCCUCCUCGUCGGGCGGCCAAGCCCUGGGCCUGGGUCAUGGUUGGAUCUCCCAGGAGGACCUGCGCGGUCCCCGGGGAGGAGGAGGAGGAGGGCUGGGGCUGGCCCCCACCGACCCUCACCACGCUCCCCUCUCCCCUCAGAGCAGCGUAGCGUCGUCGGGCAGUGGCGGCAGUGAGCACCUGGAGGAUGGAGGAGGCUUGCACCGCAGCAGCACAUUCCACGAGGAGGGCAGCUGCAUGAGGGUCUUUCCCUUAGAUUAUUGUCCAGGCGUGGCGCAAAGGCCCCCAAAGCAACAUCCAGGCCCUCUGGGGACCAACAGAGUUGGGCAGGGGGGCCUGCCCCAGCUUUACAAUGAUGUGCCAGCCUGGCUGAAAAGCCUCCGUCUGCACAAAUAUGCAGCGCUCUUCUCCACUAUGACCUAUGACGAGAUGAUGUCACUGACCGAACAGCAGCUGGAAUCACAGAAUGUCACCAAAGGGGCACGGCACAAGAUAGUGAUCAGCAUUCAGAAGCUGAAGGAGCGUCAGAAAAUGCUGCGUUGCCUAGAGAAGGAUGUGUUGGAGGGCGGUAACCUGCGUGGCCCUCUCGCCGAGCUCCACCAGAUGAUCCUGACGCCCAUCAAGGCGGUGGCCAGUGAUGAGUCGUCCCCCAGCUCUCCCUCCUCGACCGCACACAGGCCCCUGUUGAGCCCAGAGGGGAAGAGCAGCGCCGCCCCGGGAGGAGGGGAGGGGGAGACGGGGACCACACUCAUCGCCGAUGGAGACAUCCCUGGCCAGUUCACCCGCGUCAUGGGCAAAGUUUGCACACAGCUCCUGGUGUCCAGGCCCGACGAAGAGAACAUCAGCUCCUACCUGCAGCUCAUUGACAAGUGCCUUCUUCACGAGGCAUUCACAGAGACGCAGAAGAAGCGACUGUUGUCGUGGAAACAACAGGUGCAGAAGCUGAUCCGCACCUUCCCCAGGAAGACCCUCUUGGACAUGGCCGGCUACCGGGCACAGAGGAGCAGCAGCAGUAGCCGUGGCUUCAGCCAGUCCAAUUCUCUCCCCACGGCAGGCUGCGUGGGGGGAAGCAGCAGCGUGUCGGCGGCCCGUCGCAGCCUCCGCCAGUUCCAGAUGCCCUCUCGGAGCCUGCCCGGCGCCAGGCUGGGCCUGCUGGGACCCACGCCACAUAACGCCAGCAGCACCCCCACUGGCCUCAAGCAGGGACGACAGGGUCUUUGGUUCGCCAACCCCGGGGGCAGUAACAGCAUGCCAAGCCGAACCCACAGCUCAGUGCAGAGGACCCGCUCCCUGCCUGUCCACACCACGCCACACACCAUGGUCAUGUUCCAGCAGUCUGAUCUCCAGGUGCCGGUGACUGAACCAGACAUCAACAACCGGCUGGAGUCUCUGUGUCUGAGUAUGACGGAGCACGCUCUGGGAGAUGGAGUCGACCGCACAUCCACCAUCUGAGGAGGACCUGAAGGAGACCAGGAGAGACUGAGCUGGACCCAAAGCCCCCCCCCCCCACACACACACACACCCCACCUGCCCAUCAGGCACCCCCACAGCCAAUGGGAGAGGUCAUUCGGGUAGGUGGGCGAGCUCCAAAUCACGCCACGAUUAGCCAGACUGUGAAAAACUGCUAACACAGCAGCAAAUUGGCAUGUUACCAUCUCGACAAAACACAGCUAUGCCCCAGCACUCUCAUGAGAAUCUGGGCUUCAGUGACAGAUAAGGCAGUACAGACUCCCCUCCUCACAGUGUCGCACCCAGUAUAACUACCCACAACAGUGUCUGAGGAGUGCCCUCUGCCGGGCUAUGGGAGAUAUACUGUAGCAUCACUGGGGUCGGCCUCAGCCAACAACCGAAUGGCUCUGUUGAAAUGGGGGGGGGUUGUGCAUUAUGGGUAUUGUAGUACAUCAUGCUACAGAGUUUCAGACUCUGUUCCCUUCUCUACCCUCACCCCCAGUCCCAGUUACAAACCAGUAACACAAUCCACACACCAGUUCACACCAGUCAGCAUUUCUCCUGGUGUCACUGAGCCAAAAACAAACAAGCCAAGUAAACAAUAUGGGACACUUUGUGAGAGAAGCCUUGGCUUUUCCUCCCACUGUUUGGGAGAGUUUUAGGGAGGCCAUUUUUCAAAAGGCUUGGGAGAACCCUAUGCUCUGUAUAGGUGACAGAAAAAAAGCAUUUAUACAUGUAUUGUUUACACAAGAUGCUACUAUCAAGGGUACCGAAACAUUUAUACAUUUCAGGUAUGAAUGUUAUCUCUUGAAUUUUUUUUAUAACUUUUUGGAAAGCAGUGACAUACUACCCGUACUAGUCGCUUUAUAGACUAACGUCCCACAGUAGCUAUCAUUAUUACCACGGACUUAUUCAUUGUUUUUUUGUUUUUUUGCUUUUGUUCCUUUACCAAGAGCCAACGUGUGUGAAAAUGAGAAUGCUAAAAAGAGAAAGGGAUGCGGCGGAGGUGUGUAGAAGGAAAAGAGAGGCAUGAGGAGAGAUGGGAGGAGGAGAAAUGAAAGUGGAGAAACACAGGAUGGUCUCUGCCAAGUGAUUUGGAAGGAGAAGAGGACUUUAGCGAUGAUGGAUUCAUGUCAGGGGCAGGGACUUUGAUUUGAAACGAGACAAAAGAAAAUAGCCUCGCAGAGUUGUGGUAAAGUUCAGGGUAAACUCAUCUUAUACACCAGCCAAUGACAUAUUAUAUAUACACACACAUACACGUGUGUGUGUAUAUAUGUAUAUAUAUAUAUAUAUGUAUAUAUAUGUGUGUUUAUCUAUAUAUAUACCUAUAUAUAUAUCUAUAUACAAAACUGUGUAGAUGAUAAUGUUGUAAAUGACUAUUGUAGCUGGAAAAAGCUGAUUUUUAAUGGAAUAUCUACAUAGGCGUACAGAGGCCCAUUAUCAGCAACCAUCACUCCUGUUCCAAUGGCACGUUGUGUUAGCUAAUCCAAGUUUAUAAUUUUAAAAGGCUAAUUGAUCAUUAGAAAACCCUUUUGCAAUUUGUUAGCACAGCUGAAAACUGUUGUCCUGAUUAAAGAAGCAAUAAAACUGGCCUUUAGACUAGUUGAGUAUCUGGAGCAUCAGCAUUUGUGGGUUCAAUUACAGGCUCAAAAUGGUCAAAAACAAAGACCUUUCUUCUGAAACUCUUUGGACUAUUCUUGUUCUGAGAAAUGAAGGAUAUUCCAUGUGAGAAAUUGCCAAGAAACUGAAAAUCUCAUACAACGCUGUGUACUACUCCCUUCACAGAACAGCUCAAACUGGCUCUAACCAGAAUAGAACAAGGAGUGGGGGCCCCGAUGCACAACUGACCAAGAGAACAAGUACAUUAGAGUGUCUAGUUUGAGAAACAGACGCCUCACAAGUCCUCAACUGGCAGCUUCAUUAAAUAGUACCCGCAAACACCGGUCUCAACGUCAUCAGUGAAGAGGCGACUCCGGGAUGCUGGCCUUCUAGGCAAAGUUCCUCUGUCCAGUGUCUGUUCUUUUGCCCAUCUUAAUCUAUUAUUUUUAUUGGCCAGCCUGAGAUAUGGCUUUUUCUUCGCAACUCUGCCUAGAAGGCCAGCAUCCCGGAGUCGCCUCUUCACUGGGGUUUUGUGGGUACUAUUUAAAGAAGCUGUCAGUUGAGAACUUGUGAGGCGUUUCCAGCUACAAUAGUCAUUUACAACAUUAACAAUGUCUGCACUGUAUUUCUGAUCAAAUUGAUGUUAUUUUAAUGGACAAGAAAUGUGCUUUUCUUUCAAAAACAAGGACAUUUCUACGUGACCCCAAACUUUUGAACGGUAGUGUGUUUUUUAAUUGUUUUUAUUUUAGCCUUUGUACCUGCAGACUAUGCAUUGAAAGUUGCUGUUCAUUUGCUUGGGCUUUGUCUGGAGCGAAGUUCCUGUAACAGGUGCACAAUGUUGUGUGACCUAGUCUAUAAUUAGGGCUAGUCAGUGUGGGUCUGGAGUAUUUUCAAUGGGUCUUGUUGUGAACUAGAAUGAGGAUUACUUGUUUGUUUUCAGUCCAGGGUAGAUGAUAUAGCGCUGCAUGUUUUAUGCUAUACGCUCCCAAUCUUACUAGGAAGUAAGAGACGAAUCAAGGAGGAAGGAGAGAAUGCUAACCAGUGAUGUACACAGAGGAGAAUCAGGAAGUAUCCAUAGUGAAUGAGAAGGUUGCUGCGGAGGUUUCCUUUCCCUCAAGCAGCAUAGCAAGGGUUUAAAAGUAGUUUUACUCCCCGAGAUUGCUCUUUUUUUAGUACUUACCUCCACCUGGUGGCCAAAAGCAGUUACCGACGUCCAGGCACUUUGAUUUCUUAUUGUUUUUUAUUCUUUCUAUGUAUCCUCUGUUCGUUGUUAUCUGCAUGACCGACUAUAAGGUUAGGUUAAUGUUAAAAUAAGCUCUUAAAAGUUUAGUUUAUAACAUUUCGGCUCUGUAUGGGUUUUUUGUGCAUGGAAGGUCAUGCUGAUGUUUUUUGCCUGAAUGGGCAUACUGGUUGGUUUUUCCCAAGUUGGAAUCAAUUUGGAGCGAUUCAAAAUUGUGUUUUUGUGAGGGUUAUUUUGUAAUUUUUUUAUUCUUAAAAAGAGUCUUGUUUUCUUGUUCUGCACUUGGUGCCGUGAUAUUUUACUACAGCUAAUCCAUCAAUAACAAUUCCAAUAGGUGCAGCAAUAAAAAUGCCAAGUAUGUGCCAUAGACCUUCAUCAGUGGGGAGAAGCAAAGGGUUUGGAAAGGGAAAGUUCAGGGUUUUGCAGUUCAGAGAAAGGGAGGUGAACUCGAGUCGUGAAAUGAAACAAGCUUCAUGCCAAAUGCACCCUUUCUCGCCGGCGGAGAACCCCCCUUCUCUGCCACAAGAACUACAGCCCACUCCCCUAGUGCACAUUGAACUGAAGUUCUUGGACUGAACCAUAUUGUCAAAAGGUAGGGUUGACAACUGACAACCUCACCCAGUCAAACCUGUAACCUGUUAUUGACAAAAUGUCAGCCAUACGUCACCGCUUCAGGAAGUGCGCUCACUAAAAACGCCUUAACUGGGACGGCGAUUGGUGCAUAAUGCAUGAAUUGGCAUGGACCCUUUUGUGGCAUGGCUUUGGAAAAUAUUUAGUGGCAGCAUUACAGUAUGUAUUGUUACACCGAUGCAACGUGCAUCAGUGGAUACACAGUACAUGGUAGUUAGAGCCACUUGCCACUGCCAUAUAAAUCAAUACUAUUAUUAGCAGAUUCAAAUCAUUAUUUAUUUUUUAUUUUUUUCUAUUACUGUUGCAGAGUUGAUUUAUUGUAUUCGUUUAGAUGUAUUAUUUAAAGUACCAUAUGUAUUAACUUACUAUGGCUGGUGACCAUAAGCACAUCUCAAAUAAUAGUUAUUUUUGUUUUGAACUACAUUAUAAUCGCAAAUUGCUGUUUUUGAUAGUGGAGGAUAGACACGCAACAAGUGUCUUCUUGGGAUUUGUGUUUUUUCUGACGCUUUGUGAAUGCUUAUCAUAUCCUGUUUGGCCAAAUGACUGAAUACUGCGUGUGCUCUUUGAUAGAAAUGUUUACCCCCUCGAUGCUCUGUUCGCAAAGUUCACUUUUUGAUCCAGCCACCAGCAAAACAAACUGGAUAGAGGGUGACAACCCUUUUGACACAUUGCCAAGAGACGUGGUUCAUCUGGGGUUAUUUGUGUGGGAUAAGGCCCAACCUACUUUGUCAGCUAAUAGACUUUUGCUAUGCGUAUUAAAGGUUCAGGGCUAGCCAUAUGGGAAUGGUCAACCAGUGCCUACUAAGCUAACCACCACCUGUGUGGUUCUUGAUGACAUCACAGUGGAAGGCUAAGCGAAGUAGCCCAUCCAUAAGAUUGGCAACAACUGCAGGGCAGGGGAUAGAGCAUGCUAGGGUGGGGAUGUACACACUCACUAGUUCCCAUGAGGUUGUGUGUUUGCAUGUAGUGUACGCUACAAUAUGUGCCUAUGAGAGAGUGAUGAGGCAGUAAACAGAAACAGUAAACAGUCGGUGUCGUUCAUAUAUUGCUGCAGCUGUGGAUCAGACUUCGACUCCUCAAAGGGUUUAUUUUUUUAUUUUCCAAAGUGCAUCCAGACUCUAUAGGGCUCCUCCCCUCUGAGAUGAGAGAGAGCUGCUGAAAACACUGCAGUAUUAACAGUUAGAUGAUAAUAUUCCAAAUAUAUUAUUUUUCUUUUAGUGUAAAUGAUGACUUGACGCUCUUUUUUUUACUACUCUGUUUUUUUGUCAUAGACUGCACAUUAGUUAAAUAUCGCUUAAUUAUUCGAUGCCGAGAUUUGUUUUUUUGGGGGGGGGGUGAACUCGAAAUCAUCCAUACUGUAACAAAGGUUCUACUACGUUACUGUACUUUUCAUUUGUUUUGUUUUUGUUAUCGAAGAGCCAAUAUCCUGUAUUGACUGCAGGCUUACAUAUAUA